UCUGAUUGGAUUAAUUCUUAUUUUCAAAUAAAAAGCUGGGUCUAUCUGAUUGGACAGAGAACAGGACAAGUUUCGUAGUUUCCUCCGAAAAACACAGAGCGACAUUCUCAACGAACUAACUAACCCACAAAACUCAAAACCAACAAAAGUACAAACAACAGUGAAUUCAGAAGCCUCCCUUUUUGUCUUCUUUGUAAUCUCAUCCCACACUGCAACAAAGCCAUAAACCAAAACAAUACAAUCAUCAUGAUUUAAUCACAAUUGAAUUCCACCAAGUCCCAUUUCCUUUUUCUUCAGUUUUUUGAUCUGUUAGAACUUUGGAUCAUUACUUUUCAUUUCUCUUUCACUUUUACUUUGUAACAUAACAUGGGUUUUUUUGCUAAAAAAAAGUGGGUUGUUUUUGUUUUAUUGCAUUGUUGAACUAGUCAUAUUUGUGAACCUGGGUUUUGAUUCAUUCAAACGCUUCAAUCUUUGCUUUUGAAUGCCAUUCAAGCUUUGGCUUUUCAUUGAAUUUGUCCAACCCACUUGACCACUUUGAUCUUUUCUGAGGUAGCUGUUUUAAGGUACAUCAUGGCAACUAAAGGGAACUCUGGGGAGCUGAAAACCAGGAGCUUUGUGUAUAUUUUUAUACUGAUUGGUUUAUGCGGUUCCUUCUAUAUAUUGGGUGCAUGGCAGCGAAGUGGUUUUGGAAAAGGUGACAAGAUAGCCUCAGCUAUCACCAGACAGACUGAUUGCAGCGUUCUUUUCAAUCUUAAUUAUGAAACUCAUCAUGGUGGUGAUGCUGUGACGGUUGAUGCUUCAGACUCAGCACCCAAAGAGUUCCAACCAUGUGAUGAUAAGUAUAUUGAUUACACACCCUGUCAAGAUCAAAUGAGGGCAAUGACAUUUCCACGAGAAAAUAUGAUCUAUAGGGAACGACAUUGUCCACCUGAAGAAGAGAAGCUGCAUUGCCUUAUUCCAGCACCCAAAGGAUAUGCAACCCCAUUUCCUUGGCCAAAGAGUAGGGACUACGUGCCUUACGCCAACGCUCCUUAUAAGAGCUUGACAAUUGAGAAGGCUGUACAGAACUGGAUUCAGUAUGAAGGAAAUGUGUUUAGGUUCCCAGGUGGAGGAACUCAGUUUCCUCAAGGAGCAGAUACAUAUAUUAAUCAACUUGCAUCCGUGAUUCCAAUGGACGAUGGGAUGGUCAGAACCGUAUUAGAUACUGGAUGUGGGGUUGCAAGUCUGGGUGCAUAUCUAUUUAAAAAGAAUGUUAUAACAAUGUCGUUUGCACCAAGAGACUCUCAUGAAGCACAAGUUCAAUUUGCCUUGGAAAGAGGAGUACCGGCUGUUAUUGGAGUUCUGGGAACUAUAAAGUUGCCAUUUCCUUCAAGGGCCUUUGACAUGGCUCACUGUUCUCGUUGUUUGAUUCCAUGGGGUGCAAAUGAUGGAAUGUACAUGAUGGAAGUUGAUCGAGUUCUUAAACCUGGUGGUUACUGGGUGCUUUCUGGUCCUCCCAUCAACUGGAGGAAUAAUUACCAAGCAUGGCAGCGCCCUAGAGAGGAACUGGAGGAGGAACAAAGGAAGAUUGAAGAGAUUGCAAAACUCCUUUGCUGGGAAAAGAAGCAUGAGAUGGGUGAGAUUGCUAUUUGGAGGAAAAGAACAAAUUAUGAUUUUUGCCGCCAACAAGAUGCAAAACCUACUUUAUGUGAAUCAAGAAAUCCAGAUGAUGUCUGGUACAAGAAAAUGGAAGCAUGUGCAACUCCUUACCCUGAGACAACUGGGCCAGAUGAAGUUGCUGGUGGAGACUGGAAGCAAUUUCCUCAGAUGCUUAAUGAUGUCCCUUUCAGAAUAUAUAGUGGAUCUGUCCCUGGAGUAUCUGUUGAGACAUAUCAGGAGGAUGUUUGGUUGUGGGCGAAGCAUGUGAAAGCUUAUAAGAGUGUUAACAAUAUCAUUGACUCAGGGAGGUAUCGCAACAUCAUGGACAUGAAUGCUGGUCUAGGAAGUUUUGCUGCUGCCCUUGAAUCUCCAAAAUUGUGGGUUAUGAAUGUUAUGCCAACAAUAGCCGAGAAAGACACACUGGGGGUUAUCUAUGAACGUGGAUUGAUUGGCAUAUAUCAUGACUGUGGUUUUCAUUAUUGUAUCAUUUACACUGUCUUUAUGCCAAGGUGUGAAGCUUUCUCCACGUACCCUAGGACAUACGACUUCAUUCAUGCAAACAGUCUCUUCAGCUUGUACAAGAAUAAAUGUAAAGCUGAAGACAUUCUUCUGGAGAUGGAUAGAAUUUUACGGCCUGAAGGGACAGUCAUAAUCCGUGAUCAAGUGGAAGUUAUAAUCAAGGUAAAGAAAAUUGUGGGAGGAAUGAGAUGGAAUACAAGAAUGGUGGAUCAUGACGAUGGUCCUCUUGUCUCAGAAAAGAUACUAUUUGCAGUAAAAAAGUACUGGGUUGCUGGCGAAAAUAAUGCAACAUCCUUGGAGUAAACGGAUUAGUAACAUAAUAUAAAUACAGUAUAUCUAAUCUCUUUGUACUCUAUCCAGGUUAGUCUGAAUGUGAACUGUAAACCAAUUUUGAGGUUUCCCUCAUUCUAGUCCUUUUCCUUCAUAUAUUUGCAUAGCGAUUUACUGUUUUUGGUCAAUUCUCGGUAACAUUUAUCUUUUAUCAUCGCAGAGGCAUUUUGUCGAAAUGCGCUCUGCUCUGGACCAUUUUGGAGUGGUGCACCUUUAGUGUUUAGUAAGUGCCACUUUUCAGUUUUUAGUCCAAGUCUUCCAACAUUUACGUUUAGUGAUGGAAGGCCUGAAGGGAAAGUUUGUAAGACACAAGAAAUAGCCAUGAAUCGUGAGGAAAUGAGAAAGUAGCUUUGCUAUGAAUCCGUAACUUAGUUGUAAUUUAAUUUAGUUGGUUCACAUAAUCACCAUUAAAAGAUGGGGUUCAAAUUGCAGCACUUGCUAUCUCUUCUCCUAUUCCUAAACUGUUAUCUCCUUUGAAAUGUAGCUUUGCUGUAGUACAAUAAUUGAACCAACUUCUAGUAGGGGUGAACAACUGAGUCCAACUCCUAUUGCAAG